AUGGCCAGGUCUCCGUCACGGGUAUCCGGGUCGGUAGAGACUCGGUCUGGGCUUCGACCUGAUGUGGCCCGCCUCGUCAUUUUGAGUUUGGAGUUUUUCGGUGAGGGAGUGAAGGGAGGUGAAAUGGAGAGGUUAGAUCAGGAUUUGUAUAAUAUGAACAUGGUUUCAAGCAAAAGAUACAUAUUGUGGGCUCAGGACGUUGAGCUCCAUCUUAUUUCCCGUGAUCUAUUGCACACAAUCCAAGAGCUUUGUUCUGAAGGAACUGCUCCAGACCCUCAAACUGAGAUUGACAAUUCCAGGGCAAUUGCCCUAAUGAUGCGUCAUAUGGAUAGAGACCUCCAGUUUGAGUUCAGGAAUGUGGAUAGCGCCAUAAAGCUUUGGCAAGCGCUUCGUGAACGUCAUGGCAAUCUUCGUGACUCCAUCCUUCUGAAUUUAGAAGCAGAAUGGAAUGAUCUUCACUUCUCUGACUUUGAUACAGUCAUACAAUUUUAUUCAGAAGCUCUCCGCAUCACAGGAAUGAUGCGCUUCUGUGGUUGUGGUACUGCUAAGAGGUGA